CCGCGCAGGUCAGGCCCUACACACAGCAAUGAGUAUCCAAUCCAGAGGCGCAGGUGAGUCAACCUCCUGCGGUUGAUUGAUUUGGAUUCAGGAAGCGCAGAGAGGUGUAGCCAGGGCGACGCAGAGAGCAGGUUUGUGCUCAGGGCCGAGGACUUUGCUGACUCUGAGUCUCACGUGGACGUUAAAGAAGCUGCGCUGUGACACCUUGUAGUAAGAGGAAGAAUCAUUGUCAUCCAUCACCAAGGAUCAAACACAACUCACUAAGAAGACUCACACAGAAAGCUGAAAAAUGAAAGUGCAAGUGUUGAUACCCAUGACAGUAGUCGUUUCUGUCGCUAUUUUCGGGUUGAUGAAAAUACGGAAAAAGGAGAACGAGAAAGAAGAAAGACGGAACAGGUUUCAAGACAUCAAGCUGCGGGUGACCAGCGAUGUGCUGAGAGAGUAUCAGAACGAGAAGGCAGAGACGCAGAACACGCUGGAAAAGCUUCAGAGUGAUCGGAAAGUGCUGGAUGAAGACGUGAACAUGCUCCAGGUCAAAGCGGAUAAGGCGAGGGGUGAAGUGGACAUCUGCCGAGGAAACCAGAAAUCUGUAAGAGAUCAGCUGGCAUCCACAGAGACAGAACUCAAUAAUCUAAAAGCUGAAACCAAUAAGGAGACAGCCAGCUGGAAAACAGAGGUGGAAACACUGAAACAGAAACUUGCAGCACGGAGUCCAGUGUGUGACUUUUUGAAAAAAGACUCACAAGCAGUAAGCAAGUUGUGUGGUAAUGAAGUGAAACAGGAAGAGCCAAAAGCAGAGGCCCCUAAACCAGAGGAGCCAAAGGCAGAGGCCCCUAAACCAGAGGAGCCAAAGGCAGAGGCCCCUAAACCAGAAGAGCCAAAGGCAGAGGCCCCUAAACCAGAAGAGCCAAAGGCAGAGGCCCCUAAACCAGAAGAGCCAAAGGCAGAGGCCCCUAAACCAGAGGAGCCAAAGGCAGAGGCCCCUAAACCAGAGGAGCCAAAGGCAGAGGCCCCUAAACCAGAAGAGCCAAAGGCAGAGGCCCCUAAACCAGAAGAGCCAAAAGCAGAGGCCCCUAAACCAGAAGAGCCAAAAGCAGAGGCUCCUAAGAAGAGAUGAGGAUUUACAACCUGUGUUGUACAACAUCUCAACACUUCAUCUAUUAAAUAAAUUGAAAAGUUUUUGAUAGAUUGCAACCAGAUUCCAGCAUACAGCUUCAUUAGGUCAGUGUCUUAUGUGAUACAGGGAGAAGCCAAAAGCAGGACUAUACUCACUAAUUAGGAUGUGAAUGAAUAUUCCCUCAUUCAAUUUGUUAUUUAUUUUUAUGUAGCACAGUGAAGAUACAUUUGAGUAGGGCAUGUCUGUCUGUCUGUCUGUCUGUCUGUUUGUUAUAGGCUAUCUAUAGGGACAAAUUUCAGACUAUGCUAAGUUCCUAAUAAGCAGAAUAGCGGAAUAAGCAGAUUUUGGGGUCAGUGGUUAAGGUUAUGGUUAGGGUAUGUAUCCACCCAUCUGAAUCUAUAUAAUGUCCCCAAAUGUGACUGAGAGUGCAUAUUGGUGUUGGUGCCAAAAUGUAUAAAUGUAAUAAACAGAUAGUUUGUGGUGGCUCGGGUCAAAAGUUCAGUCAUGUUUGUGGUAACUGAAAGAUAAUGUGAGAAAUAGAAAGUGUAAGAAAUCACUGGCUAAACACAGGAGUGAUGUGAUGUGGGUGGACCUGCAGGCUCCCACUGUAAAUUAACCUGAAACCAUUGUCGCCGCCUCUUUAGCUUCAUUUAUUCUGUGUUGAUAACUUGCUGAACAGCAACAAUGUCUGUCUUCCAUAAUUCAGUCUGGAUUUGCAGCACUAAAAAAAUAAAUGCACAGCUGUGAACUGACUGUUUUUAAAAAAGAGGGUUUAUAUGUUGUCAACAUUGUACUCGAUUGUACUUGAAUGUAAGUUAAAUUAAAAUAAAUCUUUUCCAGUAAAA